GCUAACUAUUUCCUUCCUUUCCCCGACCGCGCUGUUUACGCCUACGCCCACGUCUCCGCCCGUUUUCCUUUCGGUUUCCUCCCCACAUCUCUCUCUCUCUCUCAUCAUCGUCGCCACCUCCAUCCCCUUCGGCCUCCGAUCCCUCCACGAGUCGAGCAGAGGAUCCGCGGCGGCGGUGGUGGCGGCGGGCGGUGGUCAGCCGGCGAUGGCGCACCGGGUGGACAACGAGUACGACUACCUCUUCAAGAUCGUGCUCAUCGGCGACUCCGGCGUCGGCAAGUCCAACAUCCUCUCCCGGUUCACCCGCAACGAGUUCUGCCUCGAGUCCAAGUCCACCAUCGGCGUCGAGUUCGCCACCCGCACCCUCCAGAUAGAAGGAAAGACCAUCAAAGCUCAGAUAUGGGAUACUGCUGGGCAAGAGAGGUACCGUGCAAUCACUAGUGCUUACUACAGAGGAGCUGUGGGUGCACUUUUAGUCUACGACAUCACAAAGAAGCAGACAUUUGAAAAUAUCCAGAGGUGGCUUCGUGAGCUCCGGGAUCAUGCGGACUCCAACAUUGUGAUCAUGAUGGUUGGUAACAAAUCGGAUCUGAACCACCUGAGAUCAGUUCCAGAGGAAGAUGGCCAGGCAUUAGCGGAGAAGGAAGGCUUAUCCUUCCUGGAGACAUCAGCUCUUGAAGCCCUGAAUGUUGAGAAGGCAUUUCAGACUAUCCUCGCUGAUAUUCAUCAAAUCAUAAGCAAGAAGGCGCUUGCUGCCCAGGAGGCAGCAGGCACCGGGCCACCAGGUCAAGGAACCACCAUCAAUGUUGCUGACUCAUCUGCCAACACAAAGAAAGGAUGCUGUUCUUCCUAGGGGCAAACAAAGAUGUGAUGGUGAUGCAAAAGGAAAAUAUAAUGGAUCUUACAACACUGUAGGUGUUAUGUAGGUUGCCUCGACUCCUUUUGGCCUGUAACUCUGGUGGGGUUGUAAUCACAAUUCAUACUUCUGCAAAGAAAUUCUCCUCUCUGGUAGAUAUUUUGGUAGAGACCAGUGUUUGGCAGACUUGCUUCGAGAGUGUGUUUUCUUUCAGUGCUCUAUCCUUAUAUAGUCUUUCUACUGAAAAAAACAAAAUCAGAUAUUUCUUGUAUUUCUACUUGAGUUUGUGGUAUGAUUCGACAUUUGGUUUCUGUGCUA